AUGUCUCACCGAAAGUUUUCGGCACCGAGACACGGUUCCAUGGGCUUUGCCCCAAAAAAGCGUUCGCGCAGAUAUCGUGGUAAAUGCAAGGCUUUCCCUAAAGAUGAUCCGUCAAAGCCUGUGCAUUUGACUGCUUUCCUUGGUUACAAAGCUGGUAUGACUCACAUCGUCCGUGAUGUAAGUUUUUGGCUAUAGAAGUUUGGAAUGUGAAGGUCCGAUUAAGGUCGAUAAGCCUGGAUCCAAGGUCAACAAGAAAGAAGUUGUCGAAGCCGUCACUGUCAUUGAGACGCCUCCAAUGGUUAUUGUCGGCAUCGUGGGCUACAUUGACACUCCACGUGGCCCCCGCAACUUCAAGACUGUUUGGGCUGAGCACCUGAGCGAGGACUGCCGUCGUCGCUUCUACAAAAACUGGUUAGAUAAAUUUUUGCUUUUUUUUCCUGGCACCAUUUAAACUGGUGAAAACUUUCAGCUUUGCCAGUAGUGAUUCUCUUCCUCUGUCUUAGUACAUGAAGGGAAAAUGAACAAUGUGGCUGAUGCUGUCAAGCAAAGGCACUGAGUUCAUAAUCAUUAUGCUGCAGGGGAAAAUCUAAGAAGAAGGCUUUCACCAAGCAUGCCAAGAAAUGGCAAGACGACGAUGGCAAGAAGUUGAUCGAAAGCGAUAUCACGAAGAUUAAGAAGUAUUGCACUUCCAUCCGCGUCAUCGCCCACACGCAGGUUGGGAGAUGAAAUUUUAUGAAGUUAUACCGAUUUUUCAGAUGAAAAUUCUCAACCGUCGCCAGAAGAAAGCGCAUCUCAUGGAAAUCCAAGUCAACGGUGGAACCAUCGAACAGAAAGUCGACUGGGCUCGUGGACACCUCGAGAAGCAAGUUCCAAUCGAUACCGUCUUCUCCCAGGACGAGAUGAUCGAUACCAUUGGUGUUACCAAGGGUCACGGUUUCAAGGGUGUCACCAGCAGAUGGCACACGAAAAAGCUUCCUCGCAAGACUCACAAGGGUCUCCGCAAGGUUUUAGCAAAAAUUUCUUGUUCUAUAGUAGUAUUGGAUUCAGGUCGCUUGUAUUGGAGCGUGGCAUCCGUCGCGUGUAUCGUUCACUGUUGCUCGCGCCGGUCAGAAAGGCUACCAUCAUCGCACGGUCAUCAACAACAAGGUUUACCGAAUUGGUCGUUCGUGCCUGACUGCUGAGGGAAAGAACAACGGAUCUACCGAAUUCGAUCUUACGCAGAAGACCAUCAACCCUCUGGUAUGUUAUUUUAUGUUGAAUUGCGUUCUGUGAUGAUAAAGUCUGCAAUGCUGAAUUUUUUGUGGAAAACUUGAAUUCUGAGAGCGCUAAUUUAUUUCAAUAAUAGUUUUUUAACGUUUAAUUUGCAAUCCUGUUGCAGGGUGGUUUCCCUCGUUACGGACUUGUGAAGCAAGACUACGUCAUGCUUCGCGGAGCUGUCAUCGGACCCAAGAAGCGCCUCAUCACUCUCCGUAAAUCUUUGAUCACGCAAACCAAGAGAUUCGCGCAUGAAAAGAUCAGUCUUAAAUGGAUUGAUACUAGCUCCAAGACCGGUCAUGGUCGCUUCCAGACCACUGCUGAAAAGCGCGCCUUCAUGGGCAAACUUAAACGUGAUUUUGUUGCUGAGCAAGAAGCUCGUGCUUAA